UUACAAAGUAAUCACAAGACGAGGAACAGCGAGGCAUAAUGGCAAAAGAUAUAACCUGUAUUUGUACAAAUAGAAGCAAAUGUUUUGGUUUGAUUGAGGUUAUGUUGACUGUACAAGUUAGGUUAUAAUAUAAUUUAUCAUUGUUUAUUUCGCAACAGCAAUAAUUUCAUUUUUAACUGUGACUAUCUAGGAAGUCAUCAAGUAGUGAUCAAGUUAUGCAGUGAUGAAUCCAAGUAUGACCUCUCCAGUGCUUCGUAACUGUUUUUGUCUCUUGAGACAUCCACGGCAACAAAGCAUCCAAUUUAGCAGAAGUAGAUUUGACUUAGUGGCGAGUUCACGAAAGAUAUCUUCUGAAGAAAUAAAAAAACCUAGAUUUGAUCAGUCCAACCGCAGAAAAUUACCAGUGAACAAUAGGAGCGUUACACUGAAUAGAAAAGAUUCUCAGAUAAGUUCAGUUCUCUCAUCUGACAAAAAUGAUCCUGACACAUUCGGCACAUUAAGUGAGGAUUGGAAACUAGAACAACAGCUAUGUGCAAUGCCAGAAGAAGAGGGCGAUACUGUGGAAAGAGAGUUUUUAUUCAACAAAGAGGGCAAAACAAGACUGACAAUCAGCCAAUAUGCUAAAAUAAUGAAAGAGUUUAUCAGUCAAAAGAAGAUCAGUCUAGCCAUUGAUGUGUUGGAAACUCGUAUGUUGAAGGAAGACCGAGCUAAACCUGACAACUACAUUUACAAUUUGCUGAUAACUGCUUGUGGCCAGGUUGGCUACACAAAAAAAGCAUUUCAUCUGUAUAACAUCAUGAAGAAAAGAGGGCUGAAAGUGACAGGCCACACAUAUACAGGAUUGUUUAACGCUUGUGCCAACAGUCCUUUUCCGGAAGAAAGCAUCAAGCAAGCCCUUCAUUUACGUGGUAUCAUGAUUGAAAAAGCAGUAUUGAUGAACCAAAUCAUAUACCACGCUAUGAUUAAAGCAUUUGGAAGAUGUGGAGAUCUGGAGACUGCUUUCAUGUUAGUGGAUGAAAUGUUGGAGAAGAAGAUCACAGUGACAGACGAGACUUUCAACUUCUUACUACAAGCUUGUAUCAGUGACAAGGCUGCUGGUUUCAGGCAUGCUCUACUGGUUUGGUGGAAGAUGAUGCAAAAAGGGGUGAAGCCGAAGUUGUUCUCGUUCAACUUGCUGCUGCGCUGCAGUCGAGACUGUGGCCUGGGGGAUGAGAAGAGCACUCAACAAGUGAUACAAGUCAUCCUGUGUUCUGGACAGGAAAAUAUUAAAGUACCUCUCUUAAACUCCAAAACACAAGAAUCUAUUAAUGACCGAAAACAGCUAACUGUGACGAAUUCUACAGAAAGUGUACCGAACUUGAUCUCUCAACGACCGACCAUGGGCAGUGUGAUUGCUGUGACAAACAUCACUAAACCUGAACAUAGACUAAUGUUGAUGGGCGGCUGUAAAGGAGUACUGGAACAGAUGGCCAGGUUCAAGGUCAAGCCAGAUGUCAAAACCUUUACUCAGAUACUGGACCAACUUCCCUCCACCCUCCAAGCCGAGCAGGAACUCCUAACAGCUAUGAGUGAAACUGGAGUUUCUGUUGAUGUGGACUUCUGUAAUAUGUUGAUAAGAAAGAGGUGUCUCCGCGGUGACUAUGAGAAUGCCAAGAGUGUGCUGAAGAUGAUCAAUGAUAGAAAUCUGAGGCCAGACAUGAUGACGUUUGGAGUUCUAGCAAUGACUUGUCAGACCCAAACAUUAGCUCUGCAGCUGUUAGAAGAUAUCAACAACCUUGGCCUAAGGCCGAAUGUUGAGAUACUUGGAACAUUAUUGAAGAAUGCGUGCUAUCUCAGAGACUGUGCCUUUGUGAUGGAGGUAAUGAAAGCCUUAGAGAAUGAAGACUUGAAACCAAAUGAACAAUUUUUAAAACACCUUGAAAACUUCUUCAGAUUUGCUUCAAAAGUAAUGAGUAAUCAGAUAACUGAUGAUUCAGGAAAACUGAACCAAAAUGACUUCUUCAAGUUCCGGGAGUACUACAAGAGUUGGCGACAAAAGACAUUCAUGGAGACUCCACCCCACCCUUGGGACCAGUUCCAAGAAGUGAAGCCAGAACCUGAAGACACAGAACUCUUGAGCCUAGGGAAAGUUAAAUAUAAAAAAUGGUGAUAAGUGUGUUAUAUUGUACAUUGUACUGUAAAAUAAAUUAGAAGUUCCAUUAA